AUGUAUCUAUCUAUUUAUCUAUCUAUCUAUCUAUCUAUCUAUCUCUUGCAGUCAAUUAUCUAUCUAUCUAUUUCAAUCAAUUAUCUAUCUAUAUUAGUCAUUUAUCUCUCUAUCUAUCAAUCUAUCUGUCUAUUUCAAUCAAUUAUCUAUCUAUAUCACUCAUUUAUCUAUCUAUCUAUCUAUUUAUCGUUUGUACAAAUCUAUCUAUCUAUCUCAGUCAUUUAUCUAUCUCUCUAUUGCACUCAAUUAUCAAUCUAUCUAUCUAUCUAUCUAUCUAUCUAUCUAUCUAUCUAUCUAUCUAUCUCAGUAAUUUAUCUAUCUAUCUAUUGCUGUCAAUUAUCUAUCUAUCUCAAUAUCUAUCUAUAUCAGUCAUUUAUCUAUCAACCCUAUCUAUCUAUCGUUUGUACAAAUCUAUCUCAGUCAAUUACUUCUCUCUCUAUCUAUAUGAGACUCACUGUAUACACAUAUAUCUAUCUAUUCCAAUCUAUUUAUUUGUAA